AUGAUCGCGUCGGUUGUCCUCCUGGCCGCCUUGGGCACCGCGCUCCAGAGGUACCCGCGAGUGGUCCACCCGCGCGUCGUGCCCCACAACGAGGUGUCCCGGGACCGGCGCUCCGUGCCCCGCGCCAACGACAAUAUCGAGUUUGUCUCGCUCGACGAGUGGCUCCUCAAGACCGAGCCCAACCGGCACCUCGUCCUCUCUGCCUCGCUCAGGCCCGAGUGGACGGGCCCCGGGUACGACGACGGGGUAGAGCCGUUGGGCUCGUGCGAGAGCCGCGUGGGCGAGGUCCACGGGUGGGAGGGUGGCUCCCGCGUGCUGUUGACGCGCUGCCGGGAGGACUUUUUCGGGCUGGUGCGCCUCGAGAACCGGACGUUUCUGCUCGAGCCGUGGGGCAGCGGUGGUAAUAAGCAUCUGCUGUACGAGGCCGGGCUGGCGAGGAGUAGGCGGGACGUGGCACCCGCGGCGCAGCUGUACGAGGCGAGCCAGCGAUACUACAACCUCACGGGCGACACCCUCGACGCGGAGAACUACGAGGACAGUCCGGAGCUGGUGAGCGAGUCGAUGGCCACCGGCCUUGGGAGGAACAACGAGCUGGACCGGCCGGAGGAAGGGCUCGGGUACUUCUUCGACAGGAAUUGGCAGCGGGAGAAACUGCCGACUAGGAAGACGACGGUGGCGGGCAAGUUUUCGCCGCCAAAGUGGCUCGAGCUCGCGGUCGUGGCCGAUUACUCGGUCGUCGAGUUUCACGGCUCGCGGGUCCAGCGGUACAUCUUGGCGCUCCUGAACAUCGUGAGCGCAAUUUACAAGGACCCGUCCCUCGACUCCAACAUGCAGCUCGUGGUCGUUCGCAUGAUCCUGUCCACCGAAAAGAAGGACGCAAUGGUGCAUCAGGGUAACGCGCGUCGCUCGCUCGAGAACGUUAACAGGUGGAAUCGCAAGCUGUUGGCCCAGUCGAACCGGACGCACGACGUGGCUGUGUGGCUGACGAGGCUGGACAUUGGCGGGCCCUCCGGCUACGCUCCGGUUUCGGGUGCGUGUGACCCAUCGCGAUCCUGCGCCCUCAACCGCGACGAGGGCCUCACGAGUGCCUUCAUCCUUGCCCACGAGGUCGCUCACAUAUUGGGAUUGUCUCACGAUGGGGACAAAAAUUCGGGCAACGCGUGCGCGAGAGAAGCCGUGCGAGGCAGUAUUAUGGCACCGAUGGUGGCGGCGAAUUUUCACAAUUUCCACUGGUCGAGUUGUUCGAAGAAGGAAUUCCAUCGCAAAGCAAAGCACUGGUCCUGCCUGUCUAAUCGUCCGAGGGACGAUGACUCGCCGAUCGCCAAGGGCCACGAGGUGUUCAGCAUGGACGAGCAGUGCCGCAUGGAAUUCGGCGAGGGAUACGGGCGCUGUCGGAGUCUGGAGCCGGCGAGCCUCUGCGCGCAUCUAUGGUGCGGACGAGCCAACAGCUCGCAGGCCUGUAAAACUAAGAAGGGACCGCCGCUGGAGGGUACACUGUGCGCCAAAAAUAAGUUUUGCACGAACGGAGCUUGCGAGACGGUCGAGCCGAAGCGGCGCUUCGUUCCACCGUCCACGGCCGUACGGGGCAGCGAGAGCACCUGGGGUCCCUGGAGCUCCUGGAGCGAGUGCUCGAGGACGUGUGGCGUGGCCGUGCAGUCCAGGUCCCGGCGCUGCAACAGCGGAAGCUCGAGGUGCCAGGGUGAGCCGCGCGAGUACAGAGUGUGCGCGGUGCCCCCGUGCCAGGAGCUGGUCGAUCUUCGGGCGAGGCAGUGCUCCCGGUUCUUCUACGAGCACGUGAACGACCCCAAGAGCAGCCCCUUCCAGGACAACGGGACUUGGCUGCCCUACGAGGCAUUUGCCGGCUCGCCCAAUUGCCAGCUCGUUUGCUACAGGAAGGAGUCGGGCGAGAUCUUCCACACGGGCCUCGACGUCGAGGACGGCACCCCUUGCUCGUACGAAGCGACCGACGUCUGCAUCGAAGGCAAGUGCCGGGCCAUGGGCUGCGACGGUGCGCUCGACUCCAACAUGACCAAGGACGCCUGUGGGCUCUGCGGUGGCAACAACUCCACUUGCGAGAACGUCACCGCCAACUUUCAGCGCAAGUUGCGCCGAGAAACGACGCGGCUGGCUGUGGUGCCGAGCUUGGCGUACAACAUCAAGGUCACGGUGACAAUUUUGCUGAGCGACGCAGUGCCGCACGAGGGCAACGUCAAGGUGCUCCUGCGUGACGGAGAUAGGCGCCGACACGAGAUGAGCGAGUUCGACGGGGACGGCCGGGCGCCGGUGCAGGUGCUCGACGGUGCGGCCUUCAGGCUCGAGCGCCUCGAGGAGAAGUACGUCCUCGGAAGCAGGGGACCCGCCACCUCGGAGAUCGUCGUGUCGCUGGUGGCGACGCGGGAGGUGCUGCACGCCGGCGCCCUCAUCUCCGUCUCGUCGCAGUAUUCGAUCGCUCGGUCGGAGCUGCGCUCGGCUCGGGGCAGGUACGCGUGGCUACUGGGACCCCCGGGCGCCUGCUCGGCCAGCUGUGGUGGUGGCCUCAGGCGCAGGCAGCUCCUGUGCCGGGACGAGGUCACCCGGGAGCUGGUCUCCCGCAGAAAGUGCCUCGUGGUGGCCAAGCCCCCCGGACACCGCGAACUCGAGAGGUGCAACACUGCCAGUUGCGAGUACACGUGGAUCCCGGGAAUGUGGGAGCGGUGCGUGGCCAGGGCGCCGCCAAUCUGCCUGGGCAGCCAGCGACGACGGUUGUACUGUGUGCGCGCGAGUUUCCCCGAGCGGCUGGUCACCCGCGAGAACGAGCUGCGGGUCUUUCGCAACACGCUCUCGCCGGCUAACUGCCUGGAUCUCAGCCAGCCUAUCACCGAGAGACAGUGCACGAGGCAGCCCGAGUGCCCCCACGGCAAGUGGCUGUACUCCGAGUGGACGCCCGUCCUGCUCGCAGACCUGCGGGCGGGGAGUGCAGACCCGGCGGGCGCGCUGCGCUGA